AUGGUUUUAGUUCAGGACCUGUUGCAUCCAAGUGCCGCCUCCGAGGCCAAGAAACACAAGCUCAAGACUCUCGUGCAAGAGCCAAGAUCAUUUUUCAUGGACGUCAAGUGUCCAGGAUGCCUCCAAAUUACCACAGUGUUCUCCCACGCCCAAACUGCCGUGACCUGCGAUUCGUGCACCACCGUGUUGUGCACCCCAACUGGAGUGGCAGGAUCUGAUCCCAGCGGUGGGGCAGGCAUCGAGGCGGAUCUAAAGACCAUUUCUGCACAUGGAUGUUAUGGACUGACGUCCAUCGACAUGCUCACUAUACAAAAUACAUUGGGCGUUACAGGCAAGUUGGAGACCUCAUACUCCACAAUGGAACAAUUACUGAGUGCCAAUUUUGCAAAUGAUACCAUUUGCGCCGUCAAGAUUGGCGUGUUGUCCCGUUCUGCGCUCAGCACUCUCGUUCCCUACCUGGAGAGGUACCGGCCGAUUCUUGUCGUUGAUACAGUGAUCAGUUCGACCUCUGGCUUCAACCUUGCAAAGCGCAAGCUCGUUGAGGACUCAAUUGCGCAAUUGUACCCCAAGGCCACCAUAUUGACGCCCAAUUACGACGAGGCUACAACCAUCUACAACCUGCUAGUUCCGGACGUCCAGGUCGGAGAACCUUCCGUAACCGGAUGCGAAUUUCUUGCAAAGAACAUAGCACUCAGGGUGGGGUGCGAAGCGGUUCUCGUGAAAGGGGGACACGUGCCUGCUGUUGCAGACAAAAUAGUGGACGUUCUGUACGAGCGCGGUACAAACAGGUACACCCACUUCGCCCACCCAAAAAUCUACAACUCGAAAAACACCCACGGAACAGGUUGCACUCUCAGCUCUGCUAUUGCAAGCAAUCUCGCCAAAAAGCAACCCGUCCAACAGGCCGUUCGCAACUCAAUCAUAUACGUUCACAAUGCUAUUAGACAUGCAGAGCCGUCGAUAGGUAAAGGCAACGGUCCUUUGAAUCAUGUUUAUAUGGGCAUUGUCGGAGGCCUGCCCGGUAGGGAGAUGGACAGCUUCGCAACCAAAUGUCUUUUCCAAGAAUCUGAUGGAUGGAAUAGAUCCUCCUUCCCUGAUCAAAAGUGGAUCCACUCCCCAUUCUUCAGCAAUGUUCUCCAGAAGGAUCUUGUUAGCAGCACUGUUGACGUCUGCAAGCCACGAAAUUCCUCCGUCAACACCAGAAUGUCUAUCAGGUUUGUCAGAAAAGACCUCGACGGUGGCAGAAAUGACUCCACGCAAACCGUAAUUCAAACAUGGAACAUUGUCAUCCAACCAGUAGGAAUUGCUCAAAAACACCCAGUCGAUAUCACCAAACAGUUCACGAUUUUGAGUGACAACGUCCUGGAAUCCGUAAGAGCCAGACUCCUCCUCUCCUUCAACCACGAAAACCACAUCUGA